UCUUUAGUACACUGCAAUUUUCGAAGGUGUGUAUAACAGGAUGUGGCCUGAGAGAUAAGAAAGUCGUCAUAUAUAAUAAAUAUUUCACUGCUAUCAGUGCUAGUGAUUGUUUAUGGCUAUUCUUUCAUAACGGGAGAUUUUAGACAGCCAUGUUACUAGCGGUCAUAAUUCUUCUGACAUUUGAAACAUGUCAUGCUGCUACAAGCAAUGGGACACACUGGAUUGUCGUUCCUGACAAGUGCACGCCUGGAGUUCCGCUUCCGGUGACCUUCACCUUCUAUAACACGUCUGGCGUUGAUGUAAAGGUACAACUGGACCUGCUUUCCGAUAGUCAUCACAGAGUGACUUCCCUUACACACACUUUUAAAGAAGGAAAACCAGGAUUGUUACAACUGCAGGUACCAAAUCUAUCAGACAAUCCAGAAACUUACUCUCUCCUGAUAAAUGGACUUAGGGGUUUGUUUUUCCAAGAGCAUGCAAUCUUACACCAUGAUUCCGGUGAUAUCAGUGAAACGUUCGCCGUACAUAUUCAGACAGACAAGGGUAUAUAUAAGCCUGGACAAACAGUGCGUUUUCGAGCAUUUGGGAUUUCGUCCACAAUGUUGCUUUAUACGGGACAACUCAACAUUUCGAUUACU